ACAGAUACACAGUAGAAUAUCUCCUUAUAACCCUGCCUAUUAGUUGAAAUUAGAAAGUUAUAUUGGGCCUAAUCGCAGCUCAAAGCCCAAAGAGUGAAACGAUCGGCAGUCUCGGCCUGGCCCGUUUGCAUUCCUAGCUAUCGAUCAAGCCCAAAAGAGCAUGCAUCCGAAUAUUUGUGAACGCCCCAUUCCCGCGCGGCCGCCCCGCUCCUCCACCAGCCUUCUUCUCCCUUCAAUUCCUGCGUGCAUUAAUUCGCGCUCACGCUUGGGCGCCUCCACAGUCCACACACCAUGAAGUCGUCGUCCCGCCUCCUCCCACAUUCAUUUCCCCAUCCGUUACUCUCUUCACCACCUUCCUACUCCAACACCCCCACCCUCCUCUUUCCAUUUUUACCUUACUUUUAUUUAUUUAUAUUGAUCUACCCAUGCACAUCCUCUAGUAAAAACGCGUCAAAAAUGGCACGCUCUACUGCUGCCACUUCUUCCUCUUCUCCCUUCUCUAUUUUCAUCGCCUUCGUCUUCUUCUCGGUACCUUCCAGCUCCCUCUCCUCCCCUCAUCCUAACCCAGAUCUCCCCAUUCUGAUUGCCUUCAAAUUCUCCGCCUCCGACCCCGACGGAGCCCUUUCAUCGUGGGACCCCUCCGGCGACCCCUGCUCCGGAUCGUGGCGCGGGGUCUCGUGCCGCGGCGGCCGCGUCUCAGGCGUCGUGCUCGAGGGCCUCCGCCUCCGCGGACCCAUCGACGCCCUCGCCCGCCUCCCCCGCCUCUCCCUCCUCAGCCUCAAGAACAACUCCUUCGCCGUCCCGCUCCACCGCCUCGACCUCACCCCCUGGCGCCAGCACGUGAAGCUCCUCUUCCUCUCCCACAACCGCUUCUCCGGCACCUUUCCCCUCGCCCUCCUCGGGCUACGCCACCUCCACCGCCUCGACCUCGCCGGGAACCUACUCUCCGGUGCCGUCCCCCCCGAAAUCGGGCACCGCCUCGCCGGCCUCUUCACCCUGCGCCUCGAGGACAACCUCCUCGCCGGCGCGAUCCCGGUCUCAAUUGCGGAAAUCGCGGGCCUCGCUGAUCUCAACGUCUCCUCCAAUCGCCUAGAGGGGGAGAUCCCGCGCCGCCUCGCCUCCUUCCCUCCGUCGUCCUUCGCAGCGAACCCCGAUCUCUGCGGCGAUCCCCUGCCCCGGCGCUGCCCGCUCCGGACGGCCGGGGCUGAUCCGGCGCGAAUCCCAAAGCGCGGGAAGAAUAGAUUGGCGCUUGCGGCGGGGAUUGCGGCCGCCGCGAUCUCAGCCGCAGCGGCGGCAGUCCUCCUCUGCUUCAAGAGGCGCGUCGAUAGAGGAAAGAAACGAGUGAGCACGGCGGCCGAGGCGGGGGAGAAGCCGAGGGAAACGAGAGAGAGGCGAACGGAGGAGGACAAGAUGGUGUUCUUCGAAGGGUGCGAGGAGUUCGAGGUGGAGGAGUUAAUGAGGGGGUCGGCGGAGAUGCUGGGGAGAGGGACGGUGGGGUCGACGUACCGGGUGGUGAUGGAAAACGGUAAGGAGGAGGAGGAGGGGGUGGUGGUGAAGAGGGUUAGAAGAGAGAGGAGUAGGAGUAGGAGGAGGGAGACGAGAGAGUGCGUCGGCGGAGGGAGAAAGGAAGAGGAGGAGGAGGAGGAGGAGGAGGAGUUGGAGGAGGAGGAGGGGUUGUUGAGGGAGAUGGGAGGGUGGAGGCACCCCAACGUGGUGAGUCUGAGGGCGUAUUACUCCUCUGAGCACGAGCUGCUGCUGGUGUUCGACUACGUUACCAACGGGAGCCUCCACAACCUCUUGCACGGGGGCCGUGGGCCGGGAAGGAUCCCAGUGGACUGGCCAACGAGGCUAAAGCUCGCCGAGGACGCCGCCAACUCCGCUCUCGUCUCCGACUUCUCCCUCCUCCGCCUCCUCUCCCCACGGCCACCGCCUUCCACAGCAGAAGCGUCACAAAAGAACGACGUCUAUGAUUUCGGAGCCAUCCUCCUCGAGAUCCUCACGGGGAGAUCGGCGGAGUGCGGAGGAGGGGUUGAGGAUUUGCCCACCUGGGCGGGGAGGGUGGUGAGGGAGGAGUGGACUCACGAGGUGUUCGACGUGGAGAUUUUGAGUGGCAGCAGUAAAGAGGCGGAGGACGAGAUGGUGGGUUUGUUGCAGGUGGCGCUGCUUUGCGUCGCACGGGAGCCCGAGCAUCGGCCUAGGAUGGGGGUGGUGUAUAAGAUGAUUGAGGAUAUCAGGGAUAGAGGGAGUCAGAGAAGUCGAAGGUCGCUAUCGCCGUCUUCUAUUGGUCGGUCCUUUCAGUCCUCGCCGUGUGUUUCUGAAGAUACUCCGGCUCUGUCUCAAUAGCUGUUAAUGCAGUUGUCUUGUGAUCUUUCUCGCCUGCGGCGAACAUGAGCACUAUCUUGUAUAAUUUACCAUUUUUCAUGGAUAGAUCGCACUUGGUAAUCAGGAUCUCUUCAGCCCUGCUUUAAGUUUCUUCUCUUUUCCUUUUUUUCCUCUUUUUCUGCUGAGGGAGUUAUGAAAAGGCUUUUUUGCAUAGUGUAAAAAUAUAUUUGAAGUU